GAACGUCACGUGUGAGCUUUAAAGCGCUCCCCGGGGCUUCCGCCCAUGUAGCUCUCUGUCCACCUCGGCAGGUGACAUGUUUAGUACAUUGGCUUCAGUACCGGCCCUCCGUCCUGAGUGACAGCUGCAGGUCACCUGUGCCCAGGAUCAGGGUGCUGGCCAGCAUGAGAACCAACAGAGUGUACAAGCUGGUUAUCCACAAGAAGGGCUUUGGGAGCAGCGAUGAUGAACUGGUUAUAAAUCCUAAGAUUUUCCCUCAUAUCAAGCUGGGAGAUAUUAUAGAGAUUGCCCAUCCCAAUGAUGAGUACAGUCCUCUUUUACUGCAGGUAAAGUCACUUAAGGAAGAUUUGCAGAAAGAGACUGUCAGCGUUGAUCAGACGGUGGCUCAAGUGUUUCGGCUAAGAGCUUACCAAGAUGUUUACGUCAAUGUGGUGGACCCAAAGGAUGUGACACUGGACCUAGUGGAGCUAACCUUUAAGGAUCAAUACAUAGGACGUGGAGACAUGUGGAGGCUGAAGAAGAGUUUGGUCAGCUCUUGUGCGUACAUUACCCAGAAAGUGGAGUUUGCUGGAAUCAGAGCCCAGGCAGGAGAGCUAUGGGUGAAGAGUGAGAAGGUCACCUGUGGAUACAUCAGUGAGGACACCCGGGUAGUGUUCCGUUCCACCUCUGCCAUGGUUUAUAUAUUUAUACAGAUGAGCUGCGAGAUGUGGGACUUUGAUAUUUAUGGGGAUCUAUACUUUGAAAAGGCGGUCAAUGGAUUCCUUGCUGAUCUCUUCAAUAAAUGGAAGGAAAAGAACUGCAGUCAUGAAGUUACUGUUGUACUUUUUUCUAGAACAUUUUAUGAUGCAAAAUCCAUAGAUGAAUUUCCAGAAGCCCAUCGCAGUAAUGCCACCAUUUUACAAGAUCACAUGGGCAGAUUCUAUGAAGACUUCUACAAGGUGGUGGUACAGAAUGAAAGGCGAGAAGAAUGGACUUCACUGCUAGUAACCGUUAAGAAGCUUUUCAUCCAGUACCCUGUGCUGGUGCGACUGGAAAAUGCAGAAUCCUUUCCUCCAGGAUACAACUCAACAUCUGACCAAGGAAACUAUCUUGAAGCCAUUAAUCUGUCCUUCAAUGUGUUUGACAAGCAUUAUAUAAACCGAAACUUUGACCGGACAGGGCAGAUGUCAGUUGUCAUCACUCCUGGUGUUGGGGUAUUUCAGGUUGACCGUUCUCUCAUGAUUCUUACGAAGCAGCGCAUGAUUGAUAAUGGGAUUGGUGUAGACCUAGUGUGUAUGGGAGAACAGCCGCUCCACGCUGUGCCACUCUUCAAGUUGCACAAUAAGAGUAGUUCCGGAGACUCGCGCCUUGUGGAUGACUAUAACAUCCCACACUGGAUCAAUCACAGCUUCUACUCAUCGCAGAGUCAACCCUUGAAUAACACCUUUACCCCACGCAUCAAGCUGGCAGCUCGUAAGGUGGUCAGUGAGAAGGGGCGGACUGGAAGAGAGUCAUCACUUGGAAGCCCCAAAGAGACGGAUAAUGCCCUGCCCAUACAAGUGGACUAUGAUGCCUAUGAUUCUAUGGUGUUUCGUUUGCCUGGUCCCUCUAGAGCACAGCGCACUACAACCUUCAGGCCUGUGAGGGAGGCUCAGACACGGAAAAGUUCUUGUUCUUAUGAUACUUCCUGUAGCCCAUCACAGCAGAGUCGUCCAUUUCCAUCUGAAGAGGGACGGAGUCAAACAUCAGAUGAAAGUUCUCUAGGCAAAAUCUCCAACAUACUGCUCAUUCCUCGGCCACAUCUCCAUCAGUAUGAGGCCAGUAGCUCUCUGGGCUAUACUAGUAAUAGAGAUUUUUUAGAGAGGAUGAUGGAAUCUCAGCAGCGGGACUCAAGUGCACCUGGCAGGUUCCAUGUUGGGAGUGCAGAAUCAAUGCUGCACAUCCGCCCUGGAGGAUACCAUCCACAGAGGGCUCUUAUCAACCCUUUUGCACCUUCACGCAUGCCAAUGAAGCUAACAUCUAAUAGACGGAGAUGGAUGCAUACAUUUCCUGUGGGACCUUCUGGAGAAGCCAUACAAAUUCAUCACCAAACACGUCAGAACAUGGCAGAUCUGCAGGGGAGUGGACAAAGAGAAUUAGUUCACUCCUCAGCAGAGCUUCUAGAGCUGGCAUAUCAUGAAGCUACUGGCAGACAUGGGGGUCCUCGAACUCCACUGGACACCAACUCCUGUGGGAGCACUGAGGAGUACUCUGGAAGUGCCACAUUGAAUGGGCAAAGGAUCCAUAGUACAGCUACUAACCCUAAAGAGAGAGAAUCUCCUGCUGAGAGCCUGCUCUGCUGUUCGGAACCUAUUUUGAUGCUGUCUGCUCCCCCCAUAGUGCCUGGCUUCUGCUGCACAGUUGGGGUGGAUUGGAAGUCUCUCACUACCCCAGCCUGCUUACCACUCACCACAGACUACUUCCCGGAUAAGCAGAGCCUACAGAAUGAUUAUACGGAAGGCUGCUAUGACUUACUACCAGAGGCUGAUAUGGACAGACGUGAUGAAGAAGGUACACAGAUGACGGCACAACAGGUAUUUGAAGAAUUUAUAUGCCAAAGGCUCAUGCAGGGUUACCAAAUAAUUGUUCGGCAAAAGCAACCAAAACCUACCUCUUCUGCUCAACCUCCACUCAGCAGCAGCCCACUUUAUAGACGAGGGUUGGUGUCCCGAAGCCACCAAGAAGAAGAAAAUCAGUACUGGCUUAGUAUGGGACGGACAUUUCACAAGGUGACCUUCAAAGACAAGAUAAUCACGGUUACAAGAUAUUUGCCAAAGUAUCCCUAUGAAUCUGCCCAGAUCAGUUAUACAUACAACUUGUGUCCGUCACACUCUAGCAGUGACUUUGUGUCCAGCUGGGUGGAAUUUUCCCAUGAGCGGCUGGAGGACUACAAGUGGAACUAUUUAGACCAAUACAUCUGCUCUGCGGGGUCAGAAGACUUCAGUCUGAUUGAGUCACUGAAAUUUUGGCGCACUCGAUUUCUACUUCUUCCCUCUUGUGUGGGACCUACAAAGCGGAUCACUGAAGGGGAGCAACGAUGUGAUCUGUAUGGAGAACGGCCUAGAUCUGAACAAGAGGAAGGUCAAUUGUUGGAUGGUUUCUUGCGUUUUGUAGAGGGACUUAAUCGCAUUCGAAGACGUCACAGAUCAGACCGAAUGAUUAGGAAGGGAGCAGGCAUGAAAGGGUUACAGCUCCCCCCUCAUCCACCAGAACCUCCUGGACCACCAGUUGGAAAGAAAGGCACGUCUGCCCUAUCAGCUCUUCUAGAAAUGGAAGCAAAUCAAAAAAGCUUAGGGGAGCAGCAAGCUUUAGUGCAUGCUGGGAAGGCAACAAGCCAAGCCAUAGACCCUGUUGUCACUCCUACUUAUGUGGACAGCCCCCGCAAGGACGGGGCCUUCUUUAUGGAUUUUGUACGCAGUCCACGAACAGCACCAACCUUCAACUCACAGAUUUCUAUAGACCAAGGCGCAUCCCCCUACGCUGAUUGGAAUAAUGCUCUUGGAGCAAACAAUACCUCUCAGGAGAGAGCACUUAACCAAGUUGGGAACGUAGGAGAACAGCAGCCUCCCUCAGCUGAGCCGAGUUUGUCACAGGUGUUUAGUGGUCCAAGCACGUUACCCUCCAGUGCUAGUUUAAGUGAGAUCUUGGAAGCUAUGAAACAUCCCAAUACCGGUGUUUCUCUGCUGUCCGAACAGAAGGGCCUUCCUCCAUGUUGCUUUAUCAGUGCUGAGGUUGUGCAUUGGUUGGUCAAUAACAUAAGCUGGGUGCAGACUCAAGUGAUGGCCAUGGACAUCAUGCAAAAGAUGCUGGAGGAACAGUACAUAAUGCAUGCUUCUGGAGAAACGCUAAGAACCUUCAUCUAUGGAUUUUACCUUUAUAAGAUUUCCCCUGAAAAGGAUCCUGAUAAAGCAGCACCAAAUCUGACACAGCCGAGCGCCUGGCAUUCUGCUGCAAUGGAAGAUUUUACUGCUUUCCAGCGGAAAUGGUUUGAGGUGGCAAUAGUGGAAGAGGAGCUACUACAUUCUGAAAUCCCACCAUUUUUGUUGCCUUGGUUGCCCAGUCGGCCCGCCUCUUAUGCAAGUAGGCACAGCUCUUUCAGCCGCAGCUUCGGAGGAAGGAGCCAGGCCGCAGCACUGCUAGCUGCUACUGUACCAGAGCAACGGACUGUAACUUUGGAUGUGGAUUUUAACAAUCGUACGGACCGGCUGGAGUGGUGUAGCUGCUAUUACCAUGGGAAUUUCUCCCUGACUGCUGCGUUUGAGAUUAAGCUACACUGGAUGGCUGUAACUGCGACUGUGCUUUUUGAGAUGGUGCAGGGUUGGCACAGAAAGGCUACGUCCUGCGGUUUUCUCCUUGUACCAGUUCUAGAGGGUCCAUUUUCCUUACCAAGUUAUUUGUAUGGUGAUCCGCUGAGAGCUCAGCUCUUCAUUCCUCUCAACAUUAACUGCUUGGUAAAAGCAGAGAGUGACCAUCUGUUUGAAGGAUUUGAACCAGAGACAUAUUGGGAACGAAUGCACCUGUUCCAGGAAGUGAUUGCAUAUCGAUUUGGCUUCAUUCAAGAUAAAUAUUCAGCUUCUGCAUUCAAUUUCCCGUCUGAGAAUAAACCACAGUAUAUCCAUGUGACAGGUACUGUCUUCUUACAGCUACCAUAUUCUAAGCGGAAAUAUACUGCUGGCCAACAAAGGCGAAGGAGAAAUUCCACAAGCUCCUCGUCACAAAACCUAUUUGGUGAAGAGAAAAUAGGGUACAACUGGGCCUAUAAUACCAUGCUCACUAAAACCUGGCGCUCUAGUGGCACAGGAGAUGAGCGCUUUGCUGACCGCUUGCUAAAAGACUUUACAGACUUUUGCGCCAAUCGUGAUAAUAGACUUGCAAACUUUUGGGGCAGCUGCCUGGAGAAGAUGAGUGAACCCUGAAUAUCUUUUCUGAACCAGAUGAUUUGCAUGAUUUUAGCUGAUGUAUAGAAUGUGAUUUCGGGGAUGACUUGCAUGAGGUUCUAGUUUUAGUGCAGCAUUGCAGACUGUGUCUGCAUUGUACGGAAAAUGGGAUAUGUUUGCCGAAAUUUACUUGGUGAAAGCUAGAUAAAAGGCAGCGACAAUCUCCAAAAUGUAUGGACGCCUAACAACGUCAACAGACGUCUGAGGACUAAACAUGUAAAGGCCCCUUUACGCGGGCUGACACAGCAGGCAAUUAUCAGGGACAAACUGUUCAUUCCCAAUAAUUGACUGCUUGUCAAAGGAGAUGAGAGCAGCAUUUACAUAGAGCAAAAAUCUCCUCUAUAUGAGGACUAGCAAUUGGUAAUGUGAUUACUUAUCCAAAGAACCAUUGCUGCUGGAUAGAAGAUCUCUGUUUAGUCAGAGCGAUCUGCUGCCCAGAAAUGUUGGGAUGCCCAACCUGUGGCCCUCCAGCUGUUGUAAAACUACAACUCCCACAAUGCCCUGCUGUAGACUGAUAGCUGUAGGCUGUUCAGGCAUGCUGGGAGUUGUAGUUUUGCAACAUCGGGAGGGCUGCAGGUUAGGCAUCCCCGCUAUAACCUGAUGAAAUGCUCAUUACACAGGGCAAUUAUUGGGAACAAGAGUUCCUAGAAACACUCCUUCCUGAUAUUUGCCCUGAUCAUUGACCUGUGUAUAGGGUCCUUGUACAGAGACCAAUGAUCUGGCAGAUUAUCGGACGCGAAGAAGACUGUCCUGAUAACUGCCUGAUCAUUAGUGGAGAUGUGGGCUGCAUUUACAUGCAGCAAUCACCUCUGGUGUAUGGGGAUGAAUACAGUGAUCGCUUGUCCCCAUAGAAAAUCAUUAUAGCUGCACAGCAGAUCAUUGUUUAGUACAUUCUGCUGCACAAGAAUAAUGAUUUUCAGUGCCAGUAGACUGACACGAUCACCAAGUGAACAUGCGUUUGCUUGUUUAUUGGGUGCUUGCCAGCAUCUUUUACACAGGUCAAUUAUCAGGAGUGAGCUUUUGCACAAAUUCUUAUUCCUGAUAAUCUGCCAGAUCAUCGGUCCAUGUAAAAGGACCCUUAGUUUUCAACAAAACCUAUCCGUUGAAAUCCAAAAUACCUAAUCCUUAUCUCCCGGACAUCAAGGGCAGAGUCAGGAUACACAGUAGAUGUCAGCUGAAAUCGGCAGGUUUGGCCGACAUAGCUGUAAUGUGUAUAGCCAGCUUAACAGCCAUCUCAUGGUAAUGGCCGGUUUAAAAAGAAAUACGCUUAGAUGCCAAACAAAUGAUUGUAGUAAAUGAUCUCGUACUGAAAGAGUACCACUUUAUCCUCUGUGAGGACUACCCAUCUGCUCUGAUGGUCGGCCUGAUAUGCAACCCAGAGCAUUGAUUUUAGCUGAUGUGGAGCCAUGUCAGCAAGCUCCCCUAUGGGGAAUGGAGGUUUUCAGAACCAUCCAGGUUAUCUUCUUAUUAGUUAUACAACAUGUUAAACUUUGUGUUCUGUCCUGUCACCUUCUGCCACGUGAUGCCCACCAUAAGUGGGUUGUAUAGCCUGCAUUUUCCUUGACCUGCGCUGUAAUAGAAAUAAGUUGGCUUUUGCAAUCAGUCUGGUUGCUGCUUUUAUAAUAAUGAGAUCUAGCUGCUAUGGACAUGUACCCCGUUUUUUCUGCAUUAGUUUGUCUAAUCCCCCUCAUAUUGGAGUGAAACAGGCGUGUGAAAGUAUUAUACUGUGCAAAGGUGCAGUAAAUGGCAAUGUCCGCCCGCAGCUACAUCGGGGUCGUGCAGGGUCCUAUGAUUUGUGUAUUGUACAGAGUGGCAUACACGAGAUCACAAUGUCGCACGUCAACAUCACAACCAAUACCAAUCAUAGUCAAUGUCGUGUUGCCACUCGCAACGACCUUCAACAGAAAUGCACCCCUCUUGGAUUUUGGCAAGACCAUGUUCAGUAUUAGGUGUGACGGCAAUAGGACACUUGUGAUCUUAAGGUGGCGUGGCCACACGUCGCUAGGCUUGAGCGAAUCGAGCUCCGGAUCAUUCUUAAUACUGUUUCCGUACAGCUUAAAACGUAUUGGCUCCGUGUAGGCCAACUUCGUAUCGCCCGAAGUAGCGCUAGAAUUAAUCCGGUAUUCCUAUCGGACCUAUUCCAUGAACGGGUUCACAUCUGUGAUAGGCCUCUUUCACACGAACGUGGCCCAGCCGCAUGCGGAUCGCGGACCCAUUCACUUGAAUGGGGUCCGCAAUACCUCCAUUCCGCAAAAAGAUAGAACAAGUUCUAUCUUUUUACGGAACGGAACCCCACGAAAGCACUCUGUAGUGCUUCCGUUCCGCACCGCAUCUCCAGAUUUGGAGACCCAUUCAAGUUAAUAGGCUUGCAUCCGUGAUACGCAAUACGGCUUGCAUCCGUGAUACGCAAUACGGCCACGGGAGACACGGUUGGCCAUACGUUGUGCACACAGCUGGGUGCAGGGCAGUUAUCUAGGGCUCCUAGGAACACUCCUUCCUGAUAUUUGCCCUGAUCACUGACCUGUGCUAGUUUUCACCUCUGUGUGGCCACCUCUUUAGGGUGUGGUAGAAGAAAGUUGGACUGUGUGAAAAUAAAUUUCUAACAUAAGCAGUUACUGGUUGUGGUUUCAUUUAAAGCACGCUGAGUUUUUAGGAGACGACCAUUUUUAAAGCACCCUCUGCAGAGAGGAAUGGUGUGUGUUUCCAGAGCCCCAGUCUGUACCAGUGCCAUUAGCCGCCCCUCCCUCGCUUC